AUGGCGACGGCUGUGGGUGCGGCAGAGCCUGUUCUCUCAGCAGAUGAGCCCAUCUCCCCCAAGAAGCCGAAGAGUGUCCCUGAGCCAGAGCCCGGUGAUACGGAAGGUGGAGCCACCUCUCCCCUGCCCUCCGAGUGGACCUCUGUGAGGAUCAGCCCUGGGGAGGACGGGGUUGGGCAGGACGUGUUGGCCGUGCGUGUCCUGGUCACCAGCGAGGACAGCAGCUCCGAUGCAGAAUCUGACUAUGGCAGCAGCGAGGCCUCCAGGGCGAAGCCCUGUGAAGCGAGAGCCUGGCAGCCAGAAUCCCCGCCUCUACCGAAGCCCCUCACCCGGCACAUCUCCUUGAGGGAGCCUCUGACCAGGGCAGACUCUCCACAGUGCCUGGAGGAGCUGCAAGCUGCACAUGCUUUGCAACGGGCCAAUAGCUUCCAGGCUCCAACUCCAAGCAAACACCAGAACUGGAGAAGAAGAUUCCAGUCCAAUUUGCUGCCAGUGAACAAAAGAACCCCGUCAUCUCCAAAGGAGCCUUCUCCUCUUCCUCUUUCUUCCUGGUCUUCUCCUUCAUCUUCCCCACCAUCUUCUUCUUCUUCAGCCAGUGUCCCUGGGCAUACCCCAGAUGACUCCUCCCCAUCUCAGGUGGCAGCUUACAGUCCCCAUUCACAGGCCUCCAGAGGUCCCUCCAGUCCAUCUACCCCAAUCUUUCUGAGACGAGCCAGAGCCCAAGGAACACCCAUGGAAACUCCCCUCUAUCUGCCUCAUGGUGCCGUGCUGGAGCGGGCAGAAUACUGCCUGGUGAGCCCCGGAGGAGACAGUGUCACAAGCCCUGUGGAGAUGGCUUCUGAGGACUGUGAGGAAGCAGAGGCCCCUCUUGGAGGUACCAAGAGCCUCCACAAAGACCCAUACCCCAUUGGGCAGAAGGACAGGUGCCUCACACAUCAAGAGCAAUCUCUCGUGGAUGGAAACGAACCAAGAGAGGAGAGUAUCAGACCCAGGAGGCAGCAGGAGGGCAGGUCAGAGCUGGCAGAGGAGAGGAAGUCGGGCUUGAAGAAGUUAGUCCUCACUCAGGAACAGAAGACCAUGCUGCUGGAUUGGAAUGACUCCAUUCCUGAGAGUGUGCACCUCAGGGCUGAGGAACCACUUUCCCAGGACAGUCCUGGGGGUGGUAGACCAGGCCGUGUGCUGAAGCCAGUCCACCCCUUGACCCUCCCUCGGGCAUGGAAACAGACGCUGCCAGCCCAAAGAGAGGCCCAGGAGGAGACACGGGCCCCAGCUGUACGGACUCCAGCAGAGCAAGGUGCCCCACCUAAGUCGCCCCUGCGGCUCAUAGCCAAUGCCCUCCGAAAGUCCCUGGGAAACUUCUUUCCCAACUCCGAAGGUGGAAAGAAGGCCUGGGCCAAGUCAGAAUCCAAAACUUUGCCCACAGAUCAGCCACACACCUGUACUCGCUCAUUCAGCCUUCGGAAAACCAGUUCCAACAAGGAGGGGGACCAGCAGUCCAGUGGGACACAUGUGGCAAGCAGGGCCUCUGCUUUCUUGUCCCUGGGUUCCCAGGCUGCUCAGUUCUCGAGGCUUAGCCCUUCGGACCCUGCCCUCCGCGCCCACAGUUUGCCCAAUCGGCCAUCUAAGAGAUUUCCUGCACUAGCGUCCCCACCCUGCAGCAAGAUGGAAGAUGUCCCCAUACUCCUGGAGAAAGUGAGUUUGCAAGAGACCUUACCAGAUGCUGCUAGGGUUCCAAAGAAAGGAGCCUCACUUUUUUCCUCCCUCAAAUUCAAAGACAAAUCUUUUGAAAGUUUCCUUCAAGAAUCUAAACAGAGGAAGGACAUCAGGGACCUCUUUAGCAGCCCUGAUGGGAAGGUGCUGCGCAGGGACAAUGUCCUCUCCCUGGAGAAGCUGGCACAGCCUUUCAGAAGCACCUCCCUGGAACAGGUGGCCCGUCUUCCUUCUCCAGGAGGAGAUGCAAGCUCCAAGCACAUCCCUGUUGGAGCCCAGGUGACAGAGGCUGCCUCUCCAUCUUCCUCGGCCACCUCCUCCUCUUCAGCAGAUGAAGAAUUCGAUUCCCCUUUUUCCUGGAGGUCAAAGGAAGAGAAGAUACUCAGAAGAAGGAGGAAACUGGAAAAAGCCACAAGGCAAUUGGUUAAGCAAGAAGAGUUGAAAAGACUUUAUAAAGCUCAGGCCAUCCAGAGGCAGCUGGAGGAGGUGGAGGAGCGGCAGAGGGCUUCCGAGAUCCAGGGCGUGAGGCUGGAGAAGGCCCUGCGAGGAGAAGCAGAUUCAGGGACACAGGAUGAAGCACAGCUUUUGCAGGAAUGGUUUAAGCUGGUUCUGGAGAAGAAUAAAUUAAUGCGAUAUGAGUCGGAGCUGCUGAUCAUGGCCCAAGAACUGGAAUUAGAAGAUCACCAAAGCAGACUGGAGCAGAAACUAAGAGAGAAAAUGUUCAAGGAGGAGAGCCAGAAAGAUGAGAAUGAUCGCAAUGAGGAACAAAAAAUACUCACCGAGAUGAUGCAAGUGAUUGAGCAAAGGGACAAACUCGUGGACUCCUUAGAGGAACAGCGUGUCAAAGAGAAGGCGGAAGACCAGCACUUUGAAAGCUUCAUCUCCUCCAGGGGCUGUCUGCUGAGCAGGACAUGAGGCACCGAACCUCUCCCUAAAGCCAGCCCAGACCACCACACUUUCUCAUCCUGGAUUCAAAGUUAAACUCUACUACGGUUUUUUUUUUCUUUUAAUUAAAAUUCUCUCAUAUGAACUACAGCUUCCCAAGGCUUUUCCAGAGACGAUAAUGGAAAACAAAACAAAAUAGACUUUUGAAACUGGCAGUCAACGUCAGCCAGGCUCUGAUUGGAGGUAUUCUUGGCGGAUGACCAGUAUUGUUUUCCCUAAAAAGUGACACAAAGACCUGAGUUUCUAGCUGCUUUUAUCAUUUUUCUCCCAAUUCAUUGAGUUACAUGUUUUAAGACUUUUAAGAAGCUGCCCUUCAUUAAUACGUCCAUAUUUGCCCUUUCUUGCAUGGAUGACCGGUUUCCAAAUGUCAGAAAGAAGCAGCAGCAGUUUAAAGAUUAGGUUAAUAUUUAAAUUGUGUUUCCAGAGAAGGAGAAGAAACCUUGAGAUUACUGAUUACAAAAAGCAAAUAACUCAUAUAGCAGGUGUUAAUUCAAUCCAGGGCGAAUUUAAUUUACCAGGUAUAUUUAUAAGCCUUAAUAUAAUAUACAUAAGCAAUGAGAGUUUAAUAGAACAUUUGAGCUUUAAUUUUAUUUUUUUAUAAAAGGAAAUAGAACUUUAACUUCAUGCCAGCAGGAUUGUUAGUUUUCACCAAAUCCUGUUGGCUUAGGAAAGCUUUUCGUUCCCCCAGUCCUCUCUGCUCAUGGCCCCUGGGACAUAAUGAUAAGCACUUUUAGGAAAUGGGUGAUUUUUGAAGUGCCUUUUAAAUAAGGAUUGGUAAUGGCAAACAGGAGAACCCGUUUGCUUAUAAAACAUGGGUGAAGUUGGUACUGCUACUAAAUAUAUACUAGUAGUGGUAGCAGGAUAGGCAUACUUCUCAAUGGGGGCUGUCUUGGGCCCAAACAGUGGAGUGUUUCUGAUUCUCUCAGGGAUUGCCCAAGAGCUCUUCCAGAUACUUCCAGGUAGAGCUGAGGGCAGUGACUUCAUUUAUCCAAUCCCAAAUUGGGUCACGGAUAUAUAUAUAUAUAUAUAUAUAUAUAUAACAUUUUCAAUAUGCAAAAAAAGCUGGUAGGUGGUUUAUGCACCACCAUGCUGGGAUUCCUGGAGCAUUUUGACAGUACAUAUGGGAACCAAAGAAGAGGAGGUUUAAAAUGGUAAUGUGUCAUGAGAUAUUUGGUUGUUUUCCCCUCAAUGGAACUCUUUCAAGAUUUAGACUGUUAUUGACAAGACAGAGUCUGAGAAACUGUUAUAUUUCUAGCCACUGGCUUCUGGAGUGUUUAAGGUGUCACUAGACGCAAGGUGCUUUGCAAUAGUUGGCUCUGACUCGAGACCAGAUUCUUCUCAACAUAAGCUGACCCUCGAACCACUUCUGUCUGAGUUGCUGUCUGUGCAUACCAAUCUGGCCAGCUGACAACCAUAAAUGAAAUGUGUACAGACUUCCUGAGUCAUCCAACAUUUUGGGUGGUAUUUAAAUGCAAUUUUUCCAUGAUAUACCAAAUUCCAAAUGCUGUAGUUCUUUCUUCUUCUUUCCUUCCUUUCUUUUUCUAUUUUCUUUUUUUCUUUCUUUUCUUUUCUUUUUCUUUUUUUUUUUUUAAGAAUCAGGUCUUCUAGUGUAUUGGAUUCUAUCAUUAGGAAAUAUGUGGAGGUAUCUUUCUAUACUAUUCCUAUCAAAACUAUAUUACCUCUGGCUAUUUAUCUAUUGUAUUUAUUUAUAUAUUUAGUUAAAACAUAAUAUAACUUCAUAAUUAUGGUUUUCUUGUGUUAUAAUUUGGAGAAGACCUAUUAGUAUAUAAGCUACUUAAUAUACAAAUAACCCAGAUAUUUGGGGCAAUGAGUUAUAUAGUAUUAAAGGCAUGAGGAGAUCAUCACAAUAAUAUUUUCAACCAUUAGGCAUUUAGAGAUAAGAAUAUGGAUGCACAGGAAUGUUUACUCAUUUUAAGAAAAAUACUUUCUGUUUUCAUUCUAGAAUGUGCAGAAAUACUCAAAUACCGUAUUUUCUGCCAGUUAGAUGAAAAAUGUACAAUUUGAUGCUUGCAUACAUGUAACAGAGAACACCCAAAUGUGUUGUUAUGCAAAAGAAUUAAGUAUUUUAAUUUGCUAUAGUUCCAUCUUAAAGCAAGAUUCUCCCAAGAGGGCUAGGAAAGGUGGUUCCUGGUCCAAUCAUGGAAACACAAGUUGUUCACUUUUUUCCACAGACUCCCACGUUCUGUGAUUUAUGGCUUAAUCUUAUCUGGCCCAGUUUAAAACACAAAACUCAUAGCAAACAGUUUUCUACUUAGGCUGCCUCUCUCCAUUCCAAUUCCAUUUCCAAAAGGACACAACUAUUGUGGCUGUUGAACUAUUUAAAGUGAUUCCAUUCCUUACUCACAACAGAGAAUGUUCUAAGACCCUAAAAAUGUAAAGUGUUGGACAUUGUGAAGGCAGUGUCUUUAAUGUAACAUGAACAGGGUCAUUUUGAAAAUGCACAGAACUCACUGCCCUAUAAAAGAGCACUGGUGGAGAUGUGAAGGCUGAACAGUCAAGUCCCAAGCCUUAGGAUAUAUUUCAGUCAAUCUCCCACAGCUUCUAAAUUAAGCCAAAGACUCUACAAUAGUUAUAAGCUCAGAAUUUUAUGUAAGUUGGAUCAAGAAUACAGUUUUUAGUUAUACUCUUCCAAAACACUCAUUUAUUUAUUUUUAAUUUUAAAAAAUUCUUUGUGGUGCUAGGAAUCAAACCCAAGGCCAGACACAUACUAGCCUAGUGCUCUAUGACUGAGCUGCACCUUGGACUCCCAAACCAUUCAUUUAUUGACUGACUUAUUUAACAUUCUCUGAAAGAAUGCCCGUGGGGUUCUGCAGCCCUGUGCUAAAUGCAGAGAUACAAAAAGAAUAUUAAUCCCCCUCUCUACCUCCAAAUAAAUACAAAGAUCAGGAAAUAUCUACCACCCCCAAAUACAAAGAACUAUUUUUUUAAUAAGCAUCAAUCUAUUCUACACACAUUUAUCUAAAAAAAAAAAAAAAAAAAAAGGGUUUACGUCCUCCACCAUUGUAGUGAUUCUUUGGCAAUAAAAAUAAGCUCUUGUUUCUAAAACUGUGAAAAAUAAUAUCAGGUUGUACUGUUUCAUUUAAACCUUGACUUUGGCAGUGUUAGGCUGCUUGGAAUCAAUCAAUGCCGAGAUGCAGCACGUUAAUUGCAACCGAGACAGGAAGUGGCAGGUGUUUCCAACUCUGAUGAGCUACAAUGAAAUUGAUGUUUUCUGCAUUCUGGAGGCAAAUGACAAUUCAGCAAUGUCUCUCUCUUCCCAGGAAGCAGAUUUACAGGCUUUUCCUUCCAAACUGAAAAUGGCAGCAUGCCCCACCCAGGUGGUUGUUCAGAGAACGACCUUCGCAGGGCAGAGAUGGCAGGGGGCAGCUGGGGCCGCCACAUGAACAGAGAAAGUGGCCGUCCCUGGAUGUGGAGAGCUCAAAUGGAGGGGUUGAUUGUCAACAGUAGGUUCACGUACAGGGGAAAGUGUACAAUUUCACCUACUGUUUAUCUUCUUACCUCACUGCUGAGUGGCUUGUAGAAGAUUAAUUUGCUCCAACAAUCGGGAACUAUUCAUGUGGAUGAAAAUGUGUUAUAUGUGCGCUGCUUUAAAUACUGAAGUGAACCAAAAAUAAAUGAUUUUUGUGUCUCAGGAA